AAAUGCGCCAAGAGAGGAAAUGGGGUCGCUUUGUCCAAGGGAAUCCAUUAUCGUCAAAUUUACAUGCAGGCGCAAGUGUGACCACGUUAUUAUCGACGGCCUCUUCUAGAAACGAAGACAAACCAAAAGUAACUGUUUCUGAGUAUCCAACCCUGAAAAUUUCACAGGACCGCGAUAAAUGUUUUGAUUCAUAUAAUACCAUAAUGAGAGAUGAAUCAGAUUUUCAACAAAACAGAAGAUCUAUACCAAUAUUUUUUACAAGUAAUACAGAUAGAAAUAAGAUGAAGUCUUCUACGUUACCAGAUUCAAGACUACAUUCAAACAUCCAUCGCAGUAGUCGUGAUAAUGCUAAACGGGACAAAAAGCAAGAGAAACACACUAAAAAGGGCCUUCGAAGUUUUGAAAAUGAUAUCGAUCAACGUGUGCUACAUACAGUAGAAAGCGCGGAGGAUUUUUCUUUUCAGAAACAUAUGACAGUCAGAUCUCAGGAUACCAGAUCACAGGAUACUAACCCAGUGAGAUACAGUCUUGUGCAAAAUGUGAUAUCCAGACCACAGGAUCCCGAGUCUAAAUCGAAACAAAGCGCAGUGAGAUACAGUCUCGUGAAAAAUGUUUCUGAGAAUUUUUCUCUCAACAAUUAAUAAUAUCUUCGUUUAAAAAGUGUUUAUAUUUUGCGAACGGUAAUACUGUCGAGAAGAGACAUAAAAAUGUCACAUAACUUUUUCAAUUUUGAUUCAGAAAGUGAUUAUUUUG